AUGGAGGUUCAGGCUGCCUCAUGGCAUCCACUCGAGCGUGGGCCGACUUCCGCAUCUGGUGACGUCGGUGUCACGCAGCCACAAGACCAACCACGACACGCUUCACUGUCUCUUGACCAACAGGCCGCCGACAUUUUGAAGCUCUUUGGGGAGACCGAUGACUGCGCUUCGACAACAGACAUGGAGUUCGACGCCUUCCCGUUCGAGGACCCCGUAUCAGCGCAGUUCGGAGCCAUGGACUCCGACCCCUCCCCCUCCGACCCCAUCUCUUCCACCAGCGACGGCUCCACUGCCUCCUCGUCUUCCGACUCAAACAUGGCGCAAAACACCUUCUGCCAGUGGCCAAUGGCGCCAGCCCCACCAACGUUCGGGUACGAGCAGACCGCUCAUCAGCCCGGCCUGGCGUGGGUACCCGAAGCGCGCUUCGACCACGCCUUGAACUUUGGCUUUCACGGCGGUGACGCACUUGGCAUACACAUGCCCACUUCGAGUCCUACGCAGAUGGGGGGCAUCGCUCGGUUCGAAGUCGACUACCCGCCGCAUCAACCACCGAUCGUCGCACGCGACGAUUAUGGAAGGCAGCACUUUGCCGAGUCCUGGCAAUCACCCCAGCGGAGCGCCACAAUGCCACACAACUCCCUUCGAGACGACAGCGACGAGCAGACCGCAGAGUCCGCCGAUCCAUGUUACGCGCAGCUGCUCUACAAGUGUCUUGUCGAGGCGCCGGACCACACGCUGUCUCUUCGCGAGCUGUAUGAGUGGGUCGCGCAGCACAGUCAGAAGGCCAGAGACCCGAACAAUAGGGGCUGGCAGAAUAGUGUUCGCCACAACCUGUCAAUGAACGCAGCAUUCCAGCGCGUCACGGAUCGACCCAACUCCACUAAGAAAGGCAGUCUUUGGCGUCUGACCGAUGAAGCGCUGCGAGGCGGCGUGAUCUCGACGACACGGUAUCGGAAAGAUCCCAAGCGCAAGCCUGAGCGCCGCGCAACUCCUGCUCCGAACCGACAAGCAUCAGGUGCGAAAGGUGGUCAGGCCACGAGAGACGCCAGCCGUUUGCGCCAGCAACAGCAGCGCCUGCACGGCAUGCACGGUCCGCCCAGACACAUUCGCUACGGAGAACGUCGCUACCACGGACAUCCUCCUCCUGGAUACAGCCCCUAUUCCGUGCACUCGACUCCACACUCUCCUCAAACGAUGCCGCACUUCCUACCACAUGGCCAUCCUAUCAGCGCACCCACCAGUCAGCCUGCGAGCCCAUACUUCAACGUCCGCCCAGCAGAUGCCGACGACCUCACACCUCUAGGCAUGCACCUACAAGGCUACCACCAAGCAACACCUGAGGACUUUCGCGUUGUGCCCAAACCGCUUCCAGUCUCCGGUCUCGAGUUCCUGCCCAUCGACAUGACCCAAGGAGGUCUCUUCGGUGACCACGACCCGGAACUGGGUACCACGCAUCCCGACACGCCGACUCCAAGCCUCAUGACCGAAGCAAGCUUCAUGACCGACGACCACGGCAUGUCUCGCGGCAACAGCAGAGAGGGAACGACCUUUCAGUAGUCAGCUUCCCUUUCUGGGUUCUCACAUUAAACGACAGUAUGCUUCUUCGGCGACGCGGCGUCCAGGAAAAAGGGAAAAUCAACUCUACGAAAUCACGACAGGAUAAUUGAGAAAGUUUCUUCUUGUUUCUUUUUGCAUACGCGACGG